GCCGGUGCCGCGGGGGCUGGGGCACGGCGGAGGCAGCGCCGGAAUGGGGGUGGCUUCCUGAAGCGCGGGGAAGGGAGGGCGGGAGGAGGCUGGUUCUUGCCUUUCGGUGCCUCUCCGCCCCCCUCCUGCCCCUCUCUCUCUCUCUCGCAAGUUUGCCGCUGUGCCGCGGCGCCUGCGGAGCGGCUGGCUGCGGGCUGCCCCUGCCCCGCUCCCGGCGCUGCCCGCGGCGGGGCGGGCGGGGACGGCGGCGAGCCGAGGCGACCCAGGGAGCGGCCCGCCGCCCCCGGGGAAGGCUCUGCUCCGGGGAGCAUCGGGGGGAGGCGGCUGGCACAGACGCCGAAGCUCCGCCGCCCACCCCCCGGCAGCGCCGCAGUCUGCCCAGCGCCGGCAGCCCCGGGAGAUGGUGACACAUGAAGCGUGCGGGAAGGACCAUGGUUGAGAGGACCAGCAAGUUCUUGCUGAUCGUGGCCGUCUCGGUGUGCUUCAUGCUUAUCCUGUACCAGUACGUGGGGCCGGGGCUGAGCCUGGGUUCCCCCAGCGGCCGCUCCUACUCGGAGGAGCUGGACCUCUUUCCCACGCCGGACCCGCACUACGUGAAGAAGUAUUACUUCCCCGUGCGGGAGCUGGAGCGGGAGCUCGCGUUCGACAUGAAGGGCGAGGACGUGAUCGUCUUUCUGCACAUCCAGAAGACCGGCGGCACCACCUUCGGCCGCCACCUGGUGCAGAACGUGCGGCUGGAGGUGCCGUGCGACUGCCGGCCCGGGCAGAAGAAGUGCACCUGCUACCGGCCCAACCGCAGGGAGACCUGGCUCUUCUCUCGCUUCUCCACGGGCUGGAGCUGCGGGCUGCACGCCGACUGGACCGAGCUCACCAACUGCGUGCCCGGGGUGCUGGACCGCCGGGAGAGCGCCGCGGCCAAGACGCCCAGAAAAUUUUACUACAUCACUCUGCUGAGAGACCCCGUGUCUCGUUACCUCAGCGAGUGGCGUCACGUCCAGCGAGGAGCUACUUGGAAAACCUCCUUGCACAUGUGUGAUGGCAGGACACCAACUCCUGAAGAGCUGCCCUCGUGCUACGAGGGCACGGACUGGUCGGGCUGCACGCUGCAGGAGUUCAUGGAUUGCCCCUACAACCUGGCCAACAACCGCCAGGUGAGGAUGUUGGCCGACCUGAGCCUAGUAGGCUGCUACAACAUGUCCUUCAUCCCAGAGAACAAGCGAGCGCAGAUCCUGCUGGAGAGCGCCAAAAAAAACCUCAAAGACAUGGCCUUCUUCGGCCUGACAGAGUUCCAGAGAAAGACUCAGUACCUGUUUGAGAGGACUUUCAACCUGAAGUUCAUCCGGCCCUUCAUGCAGUACAACAGCACGCGGGCGGGCGGCGUGGAGGUGGACAACGACACCAUCCGCAGGAUCGAGGAGCUCAAUGACUUGGACAUGCAGCUCUAUGACUAUGCAAAGGACCUCUUCCAACAGCGCUACCAGUACAAACGGCAGCUGGAGAGGAUGGAGCAGAGGAUAAAGAACCGGGAGGAGAGGCUCCUCCACCGGUCCAACGAAGCGCUUCCCAAGGAAGAGACCGAAGAGCAAGGACGUUUGCCCACUGAGGACUACAUGAGCCAUAUUAUAGAGAAGUGGUAGCCUAGGCAGACUUUUAUAUUAAUGAUAUUCUAGGGUUUCCAUAUAAGAGAUCGUGGAAGUAAAAAUUACAAAAAAAACCAAAAAAAAACAAAAAAAAACCCAAAAAAAAAACCUGACAAAAAAUAUUUUAUUUAAAAGCAAGUCUGUAAAACAGAAGAUAGAUUGCUUCCUUAAGCAUAGGGUCUUUUUACUGUUUCUUACAAGACCGAUGAGAUUCUUAAAAAAAUCAAUAAAUACAUAAAAAUAAAAAAAGGGUCAACAUUCUAAUGCAGAGACAAAAAAUGCACAAAUGCAGUUACCCAUGCGUAAGGCCAAAUACAGAAGAAUGUUUCUUAUCCUCACGAUUUUAACACAAACGGCAGAAGUAGGAUUUUCAAAAAUCUCUUUAUCCCCUGAGCCUAAAGAUACAUAAUCAAAAAACAAGGAAACAGAGGUUUUCUUUUGUGGGGGAGGUGGGAUGGGAAUUGCACUGUUUGUCAGUAACUGAUAAUGGUGACUGAGCUGAGGAUGGGCCAUCCUGUCAGGCUGGGAUCUGAACACACAGGCAGUCACAGCAUUUCAGCUGGCAGCCACUGCCAGAAAGUAGAGCACCAUAAAAAAUAAAAAGAAGAAAACCAGCCAGAGGAUGAGAAACAUUAAAGCAAAUUGACUAUGGCCUGGGAAAUGUACUUAGCACAGGGGUUCUGAUUCAUUGCACUGGUAUCACAUAUACAUACGCAGCUUCAUCAGAAAAAGAAUAGGAAUUCAUACACAAAACUCCCAGCUUUGUUUCCCAGACAGGUCCCAAAACAAGUUAAAAGCCAACCAUAGACUCAAACCUGCAUUCACAUGUUGUCCUGUCAGCUUACACCACUACCACUCAAGCCACUGUCAGUGUUGUGUGUUAGCAGCACACGAAAACCCUAUCCUGCAUACUACAAAAAAAAAAGGAAGAAAAAUUUAAUUACUCCUUCAUAAAUCCACACAAAAUUCAGACCCUGCAAAUGAUAAGUCACUAAUGGGAAUGUGACGAGGGGGUGAUUUUGUUUUGUUUGUUGCUAUGUGAAAUACUGACCCUGAAUAAGCAUACAGACCUUCCCUAGCCAUAUUAUUUCAGUUAUUUUUACUUGCUUUUAUCAAGAGGUAAUGGGCAUCAGCCUGCUCCCAGUGAAGUCACUAGAACUGAUUUAAGUGGGAACAGGAUGGGGCUCUCUUCCAGAGCUGUGAAAAUUUCUGACUAUGGGUCUAAAUUAAUUAUGAGACAGUGCACAUUGUCUUUUGGCAGGGUGCCUGUUCUGCAGCCCUUACUUUAAAUGAACAAGCUGUGUUCAUAAAACUGGAAAGGGGAAUCAUGGAUAGUGUUUUUUUAGUCUCAGACCACUCUCAAAGCAGAACUCUUUCAAUGCUGUUUUUUAGGGCCUCAUGUAAGUUUAAUCCUCCAGUGUGGGGACAGUCUAACCAGGUUCUGCUUACUGACUUUUGAGUCAUAGAACAACAAUGACUUCUCUAAUUCCUCUUUCCACUCACCAAAUUAAAAUAUGGCAUAUUUUUUUGCUGUUGCAAGCACUUCUUUGUUUGGCUGGAAGCAUGGAAAUGAAGCAGUUUUUGCCUGGUUCAUGUCUCACUCCGUUAUUACUCGACCUGUAAGACCUGAACCAGCUAUUGUUUAGGGUAAACCCUGAACCAAAUAGAAUAGGAUUUGAUUUUCAAAGGCCACAUUAACUGCAAAUCAAGUUGAAAUCACUGGAGAGGCAGAGCGGUGAUGCACUUCACUUUAGCAUGUCAUUUUUACAGCAUCCCUUUCCCAUCACACAAGUCCACUGACAUGCUGCUUGGUUUGGGUUUCAGUUCUUUCUCUGCCUCUGUGCACUGGUUCCAGCAGUUUCAAGUUCAGACUGAGUUUUGUAAAGGAGGGGAUUCUGGGGGGAUACACUUUGCUUUUGGAGACAUUUUUCUCCUGAAGAGCAAAGACAGCUAAAAAACUUGAGAAAACAGAAAGAGUACUUAGGGCUCAAACACAAUUCUGUUACAGCGCUGAGCCAAAGUCCACCAGAGUCACAGGGUGCCUUUCCUGUUGAUUUCAGGUGGAUUCUGGUCAGGUCUGAUCCUGCAGAGUGCUCAAGCACACACUCAGCUGUCUGCAGGCACAGCAGGACGUUGUCAGCCCCAGUUUGGCUGGUUCAGUACGUGCUGGUGCUGUCCAUGUCUUUAAGGCUGUGCCAGUGCUUCUGCCACAGAAUGGCUCCUGCUCCCAGAAAUGUGUAGCCUGCCCAUAAGCAUUUCCUCCUGGGUGAAAACUGGGAAGGAAAAGGAAGCAGUGUUUGGUGGUUGGCUGGGGGAAGAGAAGGUAUUACGAGUCCAUUUGCUCAUCUCUGAAUCCCAAGACAGGCAGAAGCUAUGUCUGCGAGCUGCCAGCACUUUCACAUUUUGCUGUAACCACAGAAAACAUCUGUAUUUUUAAAAUGCAGCUUUGCAGGCUGUUCACCCACAAAACCGGUGCACGAGAUACAAAAAACAACUUUUGCACAUGCACAGUUCCCACCUUUCCCCAAAAUCUUUUCAGGGUGUGUCUGUGUGGUGGAUCCAUAACGCACAAGGGGUUCCUGCAGCUCAUCCCUGCUUGUGUCUCACUGCUGGGGCUGUGGGGAUUCACACCAGUAUUGUGAGUAGGCUGUGUCUGCCCGAGCUCUUCCUGUCUUACAGGCUCUGAGUAACCAGCUGGGUGUUAAUGAAUCUGUCUGCAGGGUUGUCUAAAUCAGAAGCAGCCUGUGACCUUAGAAGCGUGUCAGUAGAAGACCUUACUCCAACAUUUUUUUCGUAAUGUAUUGCAGUAACAAGCAAAAGGAAUGAAAUUAUAUUGAAAACUGUCUUUAGUUAACAGUUUCAUUUCAACCACAAAAGGAGGGCUGACCUCAGUACUGAGGCAGAAGUUUCUAGAUCUGAAUCCUGCACCCAUGCAAAUGCCUCAGUUUUUCCACCUCUACACUAGGAGUAACAAAUUUAUGGACUCUAAAAGGUAUGAAAAGUAUGGGGCACUUUGAAACAGAUUCUGAGUAAUGGGAAUGAACAGAAUCACUCAAAAGCCAUCCCUCACCCUGACUGGUCUGCUUCUGGCUGUUAAUUGAUUUGAAGUGCUGUGUACCUGAACAUGGGUUGCAGGACAUACCUGGCACUGUCUUCUUCCUUUAGUGGGGGCAAGGGAACUUUUUUAACAUAAUGUGAAUGUAGUUUUUUGUGAUUUAUAUGUACCACACUUUGAGGUGGUACUAUUUCUUUUCUUUUUAGGACUGAUAUUUUGAUGCUACAAUAACAUGAAAAGUGUGUGUGUAGUUUUAAAAUGAAUGAAGAACAACAGCUUUAAGGCACUCUGGCAGAAGUAGUGGCCAGAUUGUAGAUUCUUGUUCAGUAUCUGCCCCUUUCUUCCAAAAUGUUUUUGCUGUGACUUCCAGACACACCAAAAGCUUCUUCAGGACAUGAAGUGUUUCUUCAGGGGGUCUGUCAGUGCAUCGUGAUCCAGGUCAGGUUAGGAGAGUGCUGGGAGCAGUGCAGGCAGGACAGUGCAAGAUUGGACUUGUCUCUUAGGGACUUGGUGACUUCUUAGGGCUAAGAAGUCAAUUUGCCUUUAGUCACCUAAACAGUGUAAACAUCACUGCUUGGUGGCUGUUCUUGCUGAAGAAAACAUUUUCUUGCUGGUUUGUGUCAUCCUAGUUAGCUCUGUUGAAGGAGUUUGCCUCAUCCAAGGUUUUCCAGACAGUCAGGUGCCGCCUUGUACCCUAUCCAGGUCACAAAAUGCAGGAUUGACUGGUAAGGCUGCCAGUCCAGGCUAUCACAGGGUUCAAAGUCAUAAACAAAAAAAAUAAGUCAUCAAAGGGUCAGUGUGAAUUUCUGGCUUGUCUGAAUUUCUCCCUUUAUGCCCAACAUUUUUUAAUAAAUGAGGAGCACUUCAGUUGAUGUUUUUGCACCCCACAGUCCCUUGCUUACAAAACUGGGGUGACAAUGAAAGCAGCAUAAGGAAGAUCCCAUAAGGUUUUGAAUCCUGUCUCCCAGGGCUGUCCUGUUAGAGCAAAAAAGAGCAGUACAGUUGCUGGGAGUGUGACCAAGGCAGGAGGACUGCCCAUGGCUGUACCGUCAGGAGGGUUUCCCUCUGAGCCAGUCAGGUCACUUCAGAGAGCAGCAGGCAGCUCCGGAAGGUGAUGAUAGCAUCACAGCACAGGGCCUGGCCAAGGUUCAUGCCUUGGGCUUAAAAGCAUCUCCAGUGUCUCUGGGUGUUCAGAGUUACCCAGACCCCACAGACUUCUGCAGAAGCCAUCACAAAAAAGGGAGGAAUUCAUCCCCAACCUGUGCUUAAAGCUGUAUUCCCAGAGCUGUAGCUUGGCACGCAGCCGACACUGCCUGCUGGACUCGGCUCACAGGGCUGGCUGUGUUCUCUCUUCGUUCUCUUUUCACUUUCACUAACACCAGCAGCUGAUGUUCCAGGGGCAAAGUGAGCAUGGCACCCGCUGCCUGAGCUGGGCUGUUCCAAGCCUUUGCAGCACAGGUCAGUGAGCAGCAGCUCGGGUGAGCCAGGGCACACAGUCCCAGGUAUCCAUGGCUGCUUGUUUUAGCCCAUCCACAGGAAUUCUGCCCAGGUGAACGCAGCCCUGAUGAGCACAUGGGUGUUAAAGCCUCUGUCGUCCCAGCUCUGUAACUCUUAGCCAUGCAAGCUGAAAAAAAAGAGUCUGUCUCCCCAGAGCCCCACAAUUCCCCCUCCCUGUUCUGUUCCCCCACAUGUCAGUUCUGGAGACUGGAUUGAGAGAGUUGUACUAUAAUGAAUAAUUUUAUAUUCAAAAGGUUUACUGAGCAUGAUUUGUUUUGUACAUAUUGGAAUAUGAUUUAAUUUAUUUUUAUUGCCCCUUUUAAUCUUUUUUUUUCCAUAAGGAGAAGACAAAAAUCCCCAUCCUCUCUCAAUGUGAAGUUCCUGUGUGUUUAUGUGUAGUCUGCCAGUCAAACACACAACAGGCAGAGGAUUUCUCACCAUCCCUCCAGCUAUCUGAUUUUGGUUUUCAUUGUCAUUUCCAUUCAUCUGGGACUUUGCUUAUAUUGUCUCUUCUUUCCUCUCCGCUGCACAGUCUGCACAGAGCAGGGAGAGGUCAGUGCAGGCAGGAUUUUCAUUUUCUUCCUCUCCCCUUUCUUGUGUGCUUUACUUACCAAGGAACUCAGUUCCUUCAGGAGUUGUGUGACUGAGGGUAAAAAAAUACAACUGUCCCCCCACCUGCCUUCCAUUCUCCAUGUUGUAGAUCAGACAGAUUCAGCUUCUCUGAAAGUGAUUGUGGCUGGACUCAUUCCAUUGGGCUGAAUGUGUAUGGUUUGCACUUUCCCCCCACUUCAGGAACUUAAAAACAACAAAAAAAUAAAAGGCAACUGUUUUAACUUGAGCCGAGUAACACUUAAAGCUUUAUAUAUUUAUUUAUAGCAUCUUACAAAAAGUGUUAAAAGGUUUUUUUCUUCCACAAGAAAAAUAAAAUUUUUAAAAAAUCAUCUAAUUGUUUUUGUCUAGAUCAAGGAUGAAUGUUAGCAGACGAAAUAAACCCUAAAACUGAGCA